GUUGAACCAAGUUCUGGUCUUCAAUAUCAAAACCUAAUUUUCCAACCGCAUAACAACAUUUACUUUUGUUACAAUUCAACUGAUCUAUCCAAGAAAACAAUAAACUAGCUAGAGAAACUAUCCACCAAGUUUAAAAACGUAUUGUCUGUCUCCCUAUAUAACUAAUUCCCACAACACAUUCUCUUUUCUUCCAUACUUUUCAUCUCUAAAGUCUCUCGCUGUAACAGAAUUUUGUAAGAAUCUCAACAAUGAAGAUCAUUAAGAGCUUCUUCUGUUUCAUCUCUUUCGCUGUCCUCUUCAAUCCCAUGGCAGAAGCCAGUAAAGCACACCACCACGAGUUCAUCAUACAAGCAACGAAAGUGAAGAGACUAUGUGAAACACACAACAGCAUUACGGUCAACGGAAUUUUCCCCGGUCCGCAACUUGUAAUCAAUAACGGUGACACUCUUGUUGUCAAAGUCAUUAACCGGGCUCGGUACAACGUAACAAUCCACUGGCACGGUGUGAGACAAAUGCGAACCGGUUGGGCUGACGGACCGGAAUUUGUUACUCAAUGUCCAAUCAGACCGGGAUCCAGCUAUAUAUACCGGUUUACAAUUCAAGGACAAGAAGGUACACUUUGGUGGCAUGCUCAUAGUUCGUGGCUCAGAGCUACAGUCUACGGUUCACUCCUCGUCCUUCCUUCGGCUGGUUCGUCUCACCCAUUCCCAACCCCUCACCGCAACGUCCCACUCCUCCUCGGUGAAUGGUGGGACGCAAACCCGGUUGAUGUGUUGGGAGAAUCGAUACGAACCGGAGCUGCUCCGAAUAUCUCCGACGCUUACACCAUCGAUGGUCAACCCGGCGAUCUCUAUAAGUGCUCUUCUCAAGAUACGACAAUAGUACCCAUAAAUGUUGGUGAGACCAUACUACUACGUGUAAUAAACUCCGCACUGAACCAACCGUUAUUUUUCACGGUGGCUAACCAUAAGUUCACGGUGGUCGGAGCUGACGCGUCUUACCUAAAACCCUUCACCACCAACGUCAUUGUUCUCGGUCCCGGCCAAACCACCGACGCCCUCAUAACCGGUGACCAACCACCCAACCGCUAUUACAUGGCCGCAAGAGCUUACCAAAGCGCACAAAACGUACCGUUUGGCAACACAACCACAACAGCAAUCCUUCAAUACAAAUCCGCCCCUUGCUGCAUCGGCGGAGCCAAGAAGGGUAUUUCCAUCAAACCAAUCAUGCCUCUGCUCCCUGCUUACAACGACACAAACACGGUCACACGUUUCAGCCAAAGCUUCAAAUCACUAAGAAAAGCCGAGGUUCCGACAGAACUCGACGAGAAUCUUUUUAUAACCAUCGGACUCGGUCUCAACAAUUGUCCUAAGAAUUUUAGGUCAAGAAGAUGUCAAGGUCUUAACGGUACACGCUUCACUGCAUCGAUGAACAAUGUUUCGUUUGCUCUUCCUAGUAACUACUCUCUCCUUCAAGCUCACCACCAUAGUAUUCAUGGAGUGUUUACAACAGAUUUUCCGGCGAAGCCUCCGGUGAAAUUUGAUUACACUGGUAGCAACAUAAGUCGAUCUCUCUACCAACCUGAUAGAGGGACCAAGCUGUACAAGCUCAAGUAUGGGUCAAGGGUUCAGAUUGUUCUUCAAGAUACUGGUAUAGUAACUCCCGAGAACCAUCCUAUUCAUCUACAUGGUUACGAUUUCUACAUUGUUGCCGAGGGUUUUGGUAACUUCAACCCCAAGAAAGAUACCGCGAAAUUCAACCUUGAAGAUCCGCCUCUUAGAAAUACUGUUGGUGUACCUGUUAAUGGUUGGGCUGUCAUCAGAUUUGUCGCAGAUAACCCUGGGGUUUGGAUAAUGCAUUGUCAUCUAGAUGCACAUAUAUCUUGGGGACUAGCCAUGGCUUUCUUGGUUGAGAACGGGAAGGGACUAUUAGAGACAAUUGAGGAGCCUCCGGCUGAUUUGCCCGUGUGUUAGGAGCUCAAAAGAAAAAAAACAUAAUAGUUUUCCUGUCAUAUUCAACUGUUUUUCUUUUUGGUAAUAGAGGCACUUGGUUUACUCCUGAGUUAGACUUGAAUUGAACCACACAGGUUUAUUUUUCUCGAAUGUUGAUGUAUUCUUUUGACAUUAUAGUACCAAAUUAAUCAGUGCUAAA